AACUACAGCGAACGGGAGCGAGUGGGGUUUAGAAACUGGAGGGUGCUUGUUCCUGCUCUUGGGACAGGGGUGUAAGGGAGGGAGGUGUAGGAUAGGACAGUCCUAGAUUUUGAUCAUCCCUCCUCCUCCCCCCCCCCCCCCCCCUCCCAGCCCCUAACCCUCCCCUUGUCCACACCUCCCAGUCUUUUCAAACUUCGAGGCAUGGUGGCCGGAGAGAGCGCCGAGUCCAGCGAUGCGGAGACGGGGAUGGCCGAGUGUCCAAGUUCGUUGGGUCUAGGGUCGGAACCGGCUUGGUGUAAAACGCCCAGCGGUCACAUCAAGAGGCCGAUGAACGCUUUCAUGGUGUGGUCCCAGAUCGAGAGGAGGAAGAUCAUGGAGCAGUCGCCGGACAUGCACAACGCGGAGAUCUCCAAACGCCUGGGCAAACGGUGGAAGGCUCUGGAGGAGAUGGAGAAGGUCCCAUUCAUCCGAGAAGCGGAGAGGCUGAGGCUGAAACACAUGGCCGAUUACCCGGACUACAAAUACCGACCUAGGAAGAAGGGCAAGGGAGGAGCCAUCGGCAAGAUGCUCAGCAAGAAAGUGGCUUCGGCGAGGAGCGGAUUGGGGGGCAAAAAGCAGAGAUCCAGGGUGGUCAAGACAGGUUGGAGGUCGAAGAGGAGCGGCUCCGGUCGCCCGCCCGGACAGGAGACGGUGGAGGUGGACCCUGUCGAGGGGUUGAUGGAGAUCAGAAUCGCCCAUCAGGGACAUGCUAAGAAACUUCGGCCGGUCUGGGAGGGGGUCUUCAGCGAAGAUGACAGCUACUGCUUGGAGAGUGAGACCGCCGACGCCGACCGCGAGGGUCCCACCGAGACACUGAGCGCAGGAGACCGAGGCGACCACCUCAGGGAGACCAGGUCUCCAUCGCCCACCUCCAGCAGGUCGGGGUCUUCCUCUCUCGCUUCGACGUCCUCCUCGGACGAAGAGCUGGAAGACGAGAUCCUGAACAUCAUCACCAACGCGAACUUUGAGAGCCUGCCCUUGGACACCUUGGACUCUCUGUCCCUGGACAAGGAUGUGGACGGGACGCUGACAAACUCGGCUUCCCACUUCGACUUCCCAGAUUACUGCACCCCAGAAGUUAACGAGAUGAUUUCAGGAGACUGGUUAGCUUCUAGCGUCUCCGAUCUGGUAUUUACCUAUUAAAUAAUCCGACAGAGGUUUUUUUUACGAACCACCUUUUUUAUUUUGCUAUUUUUUAAAAAUAUAAUUCAUCUUAAAACACACGCAAAGCAAAAAAAAGAUUUAAACCAGCAAUUUCGAAGUCAACGUGUUUUUUUUUUCUUCUUCUACGUUUCUUUUAUAUUGCAUUAAGGUGCCUGUUCUGGAUAUAUUUUACAUGUUAAAAUAUCCCUUUUUUUAAAUAACCAUACCACUUGUCCCAGAGUAAGUUAUUAUUAUUUUUUAAAUUGUGUGAUAUUUUCGUUCCUACACAAUAAUGCCCGGAUAUCAGGACAUCGAUUACAUGCACACAUCUGUCGUUUCAGGACGGGCAGCGAUUUUUCUUAAGCGUGGAAUGAAAUAUGUAACCCUUUUGUAGACUUCAUGUUCAAUGUUCCUUGCAAGGGCGAACUAACAGCUUUCUGGAGAAUCAUGUACCGACCCUUGGUAUCACAGCAGGUUGAAGCACUGUUUUAACCCCCCCCCCCCCCAAAGUGGGUUUAAUAAUUUUAAAAUAAAUUAAAAAUAAAAGAAAAUCUGGAAUACUCAGGAUAUUUUGCGCGCUAAGGGGUUUGGCCCGGAGCUGUCGGCUUAACAAGUUCAAACCGGUGCAUGGAGAGUUGUUGCCUAAAGUAGACUGGGCAUCUUUUCUGAACCUAACAGUCUCCCGGGAAUCUGGGUUUGAGAUAACAUGCAUGUCGUGUUUGCGGCCAGCGCACAGCUGCCUUGAUAGUAUUUAGGCGUGGAGAGAUUUUCAAUUUGCCAGCUGGUUGGAUUGGAAGUCUUGUCUUGGACGGGAGAGAAUCCGCUGGGUCCUAGAGAGCGUAGGCAAUUUUUUUCUCUCGAUACACAAAACCUGGUGGUUCAAAACGAUAAGAUAGGCAAAGGGAGGAGGGUGUGGGAGUCUUUUUAACACACAUCUUUUCAUCAUGGCAGUUAUCUCUUUCUUUU